AUUUUUCAGCCGCUCUCAAAAGUCUCACCUACCGUCCUGUCAGUUGGAUCGAACCUAUGAACCUUGGCCUGAAAACUCGUGGUUUACCACGACGGCGCGGCAUGGCGGCGCAGUAGACCUGUUGAAGCAGCAGUACCUGUAACGCUAUUUUUUCCCCACCAGUGGAAUCACGCGAUUUCAAAAAUAAAAACGCGGUGGAUGCUUUCCCCCCCAAAAUAACUGUCUCGCGUGUCGUGCUGUCGAUUUCUGCCUUCUAUUUUACGUUUCUGGGGCGCGGGUGUAGUCCGCUGCUCCGAGAACUAGGGUUUUCGAACUGGGCUGAGGCUGGCCAUGGCUUCCAAGCUAUCUACAUCAGUCUCCGCCAGCAAAUCGGAGCCCUUCGCUGCCAUCCAGGUUGAUGGAGUGAAGGAAGGCAUGCCUACUUCUCAUGACAUUCUUUCUGUUAUUGAUUCCUUGAAGAAACAAGUUGUUUCAGAUCGUUGCGUCUUCAUCAAGAAAAGAAUUGAAGAGAAUAAACAAAAACUAAGUGGCAUUACACAGCAUAUCUACAAUAUAUCAAAGUUCAGGAGAAACUAUUCAGCUGAAAGUAGCGACGCCUGUGUGGAUUUGCUUACAAGAAGGCAAAAUGAUGCACUUAGCAUGUUAAAUAAUCUUGAUGUCUCCUGUCCAGAUAAAGAUAGCAGCGGUUACCAAGAAGAAAGUUCCCAUACACCAUCAGCUAUUCUUUUUGGUCAUAAUUUUGGCGGAAAGAAUUCAAUCCGACCCAUCAAAUUAACUGAAAUGCCAAAGUUACCUCCAUACACUACAUGGAUUUUUUUGGAUAGAAAUCAGAGAAUGGCAGAGGAUCAAUCUGUUGUUGGCCGAAGAAGAAUAUAUUAUGAUCCAAGUUGUGGUGAAGCUUUAAUUUGCAGCGAUAGUGAGGAAGAUAUAGUUGAUGAAGAAGAUGAUAAGAAAGCUUUUCUAAAUAUUGAAGAUUAUAUUCUCAGGUUGACUAUCCAAGAAGUAGGCCUAUCUGAUCUUGUGCUCGAGUCUUUGUCCCAGUGCCUUGAUAAGUGUCCUAGUGAAAUCAAGGCAAGACACGAGAAUAUUUCUCUGGUAGAGAGAGGUGAUAAAAGUGUUCAGAAAGAUGGCAGGAUUGAAGAUUCUUUUUUGGACAAAGAUCUGGAUGCUGCUCUUGAUUCCUUUGAUAACCUCUUUUGCAGAAGGUGUCUGGUUUUUGAUUGUAGACUGCAUGGAUGUUCUCAGGAUUUAGUGUUUCCUUCAGAAAAACAACCUCCAUGGAGCUGCUCAGAUGAUGGAUCCCCUUGCGGAAUCCAUUGUUUUAGGCUGGCGUCGAAAUCAGAGGGCAAUUCUACUGUGAAUUCUCAGAUCCUUCAUGUUCCUGAAGAGUUUACCAAUUCAAAUGGAAAUGCUGGAGCACAUCUUUCACCAAGAAAGAAAUCAUGCAGUUCUUCUGUUGGGAGGAGAGCAAGGUCCAAUCAAAGUGAAAGUGCUUCAUUAAGUGCAAGAGUUGUAUCCGAAAGUAGUGAGUCAGAAGUACGAGCUUGCCAGGAGAAUUUGACCAUCAAUCACUCAUCUCCGUCGAAAAUUAAUCUUGGUGUAAAAAGUGGAAAGAAAAACAAUAAAAGAGUUGCUGAGCGUGUGUUAGUUUGCAUAAGGAAAAAACAGAAGCAAUUGGUACGAUCAGACUCGGAUUCUAUGGUAAAGGGAUCAUUUAAGAAAGAAAUGAAACUCAGGUCAAAAACAUGCAAUGGAAAAAAGGGAGCCUCCUCAUCAUCACAUGGUAAAGUUGCAAAGAAAGAAAUUAAACAAUCCAAAAAAAAGAAAUUGGCACUACAUGAAUGUUCUGAUUCAACUUGUCCUGAUGGUCUGAAAGACACUCAUGCUGGGAUGAUCAAGGAGACAGCGGCACCUGAUGGUGAUGAAAUUUCAAGAAAAGAGUUUGUUGGUGAGAAUAUAUGCAAAGGUGAUAGUUGCUAUAAAUCAUGGAAGACCUUUGAGAUGGAUCUCGUCUCAAAAGGCAUAGAAAUUUUUGGUAAAAACAGCUGUUUAAUCGCUAGGAAUCUUCUAAGUGGACUUAAAACUUGCUUGGAGGUUUAUCGCCACUUGAACUAUAUUGAAAAUAAAGCAAUGCAUCGUGCUGCUGAUGGUUCUCAUUCUCUAGUUGAAGGACAUGCCAAGAGCAUUGAUGUACGUGCAAGGUCAAGGUUUGUGAGAAGACGGGGUAGAGUUCGUCGCUUGAAGUAUACUUGGAAGUCUGCUGGUUACCAUUCCAUCAGAAAAAGGAUUUCAGAGAGGAAAGAUCAGCCCUGUCGGCAGUAUAACCCUUGUGGUUGUCAAUCUGCCUGUGGGAAACAGUGCCCCUGCAUUUUGAACGGAACAUGCUGUGAAAAAUACUGCGGGUGUCCAAAGAUUUGCAAGAAUCGUUUCCGAGGAUGCCAUUGUGCUAAAAGCCAAUGUCGCAGUCGCCAAUGCCCUUGCUUUGCUGCUGAUAGAGAAUGUGAUCCCGAUGUUUGUAGAAAUUGCUGGGUCGGAUGUGGUGAUGGUAGUUUCGGUGGGCCUGUACAGCUUGGCGACAAUUAUGAGUGCCGGAAUAUGAAGCUUCUCCUAAAGCAACAACAAAGGGUACUACUAGGUAGAUCUGACGUUUCUGGUUGGGGUGCUUUCCUAAAGAAUAGUGUGGGCAAACAUGAGUAUCUUGGUGAAUACACCGGCGAACUGAUCUCUCAUAGGGAAGCCGAUAAGCGGGGAAAGAUUUAUGACCGUGAAAACUCCUCCUUUCUCUUCAACUUGAAUGAUCAGUUUGUUCUCGAUGCUUACCGAAAGGGUGACAAGUUGAAGUUCGCCAAUCAUUCGCCCGAUCCAAAUUGCUAUGCUAAGGUAAUCAUGGUAGCAGGUGAUCAUAGAGUAGGCAUAUUUGCUAAGGAACGAAUCAGCGCCGGAGAGGAGCUGUUCUACGACUACCGUUAUGAGCCAGACCGAGCUCCCGCAUGGGCGAGGAAGCCUGAAACUUCUGGUUCUAAGAAGGAAGAUGCGGGUCCUUCCACUGGCCGCGCUAAGAAACUUGCUUGAUUCCAUUCUAACCCAGUUUUUUUUUUUUUUUUUUUCUAUUUUACUCAUUUUGGUUCAUUUAAUUCUUAUUGAUUAACAUUUCAGAUGCAUUAUUUUUUGUA